AUGAAAAGGUGCUCAUUGUGCUGCUCUUCUUUUCAGCGCCUCCCCUUUGGACGUCGCUCGGCCGCUGGGGGCAUCAAUCUGAACAAGGGUCUGCUGAGUGACAGGGAACGGGGCGACCAAUUCACGGAUCCGACGGUGUAUCGCAACAAGAAAAGCAUCGUAGCCAUGGACAAAGUCUCCCGCAAGACGGAACGACUUCUCAAAGAGGAGAAGCAGAAAGAAGGAAUGAACGCAUUGGGUGUUGACUCGCAGAUGGAAAGAGAAUUGUCGGAUGGUUCCAUGCAUCCGUUGCACAGGGAGGAAAUUGCUGCUGCACGUGUGAUUGAUGAGGAUGGACUGUUAUCCUCUGAUCCCGGCAGCAAAUACACGACGGCACUGCGACGUUUAAUGGAGCGGGAAGUGGACCGUCGUGACCACAUGAUGGAUAAAUUUGGUCAACCCCCAACAGCAAAGGAGUUUCAUCGUUUGUUCACACGACUGCGACAUGCAGAUGACGAGUCGGAGGCCAUUGAACGACACCAGACGCGUCUUGUGGAGGAAUACGGUGUAUAUCCUUCUAUGCGUCUAGACGCGUAUAUGCUGGACGAUGACACAUAUUUUCCGGGGUGGGUGAAUGCACUGCCGUACAGCAUACGUGAUCGCGUGAAGUACGGUUCAUUGGGGCUCACUGAGGAAGAUGAGACUCUUCGUGUGACACUUGGCCGCAUGCCGUUGGAUAGGCGACGCCAAGAGUGGGAGAGACAAAAGAAGGCGAGGGAAUACAAGGCGGCAAAGGAGGAGAUGCUAACACUGGCAGAGUUAAGGGAUGCUCGACAGGGCAAGCGUCGAUUUCAUUGGUUGCAAAGAAAGCGGCAAAAACGGGCAUCGAUGCUUCGGCGACUUGCACUAAGAAAGCCGGAUGCAUUUGAGUUGUGGCCCUCCACUGUGGUGGACUACAGUCAGCGCAUUGCUUUCAUUGCCCAACACGUGGAAAAUGGUUUGGACACAAAGGGUCAUUGGCCAUUGGACCCAGAGGAGUUGGCGCGCGCUCGUGUGCGGCGCAGUCAAGAGGAAGCGGAGCGCACAUUCCUGCUGAGUGCGGAAGAAAAGAAGGUACUCAAGAAGGGAAACAACAACGGCAGCAUUAUGCAUAUGCUCCGUGCGCUGGAUACACCGGAAAAACCCUUUAAACGACUUUCGCGUAAGGUCUACGCCAAUCGUGUGAACGCUAUUGUGCAUGGUGACCAGGAUGAAUAUGGACGCAAGUAUCGUAAAAUGGAAAACCGUGCCAAACGCCGGAUGCGUCCGUAUGAGUCACUUGGAGAGAUUGCACUAUCAAAGGAGGUGCGAAAAGAACCACGACUUUACUCCAACGGCUUGAAUCACACAGACGACGAACACUGGCCAAAACACGUCAAGUCAUGGGCGGAUGGCAUGCCUUCCACACGCUAUGCUUCGUGA